AUGACAUAUGGGCUGAACAGCGUUUCAAAGUUACUUGUGAAGGAAGGAAACAAGGAUUCCUGUGUGCCAUUUCUGAUGUUGGCAGUACACAAAGUGUACUUGGAUACUCACCACCAUUUUCAUGAUGCUGUCUUGGAAGGGCGUCAUCCCUUUGUCAAGGUGUAUGGCACAAGCCCCUGGGAAUAUGUUAGUUCAAUUGCUGAAGCCAACAGGCUUUUUAACCAGGCCAUGGCCUGUCAUACAAAUGAUGUCAUGGCUUCUGUGGUGAAGAUGUAUGAUGGGUUAAAGAGUGUUAGGAGUGUGGUGGAUGUAGCUGGAGGAGUUGGCUCUGCACUGUCUGCUAUACUUGCUCAGUAUUCACACAUAAAAGGCAUUAACUUUGAUUUACCUCAUGUCUUUGCAACUGCACCUGCCAUAACUGGUGAGAGACCACAUCUCAGUUUUCAAGGCAGGAAAAAGUUAUUAGUUUUGUUUUAUUUAUGGAUCAAUAGUGAUGGUGAUUGGUGUGGACAGAUUGGCACUUCUUAG